AUUAUUUUGUUUGGUUUUUUUUCAGUCAAAAUGGUUGCACAAAAAAUGUGGUCUUUGAUAUUGAUUGGCCUCUUAUUCUCAUCUUCUGCCAAUGCUGGUCCGAUUGSAGCGGGUAUUUGCUAUGCUGGAUGUGCUGCCGUGACAGUUGCAUGCUUUGGAGCAGCAGGGUUCACAUUUGGCACAGUUCCUGGAGCAGUGAUUGCUGCCACACCAGCUUUAGCUGCUUGCAAUGCAGCAUUUGGGAUAUGUGAAGCUAGUUGUGUAGCAGCUUUAGUCGUACCUACACCUUAGACCUGUGUCUUCUUUUUAACAGCUCGUGUAAUUGAUUUUAAUUUUUUAAAUGUACAAUUUUUUUUAUUUUCACAAACCAAAGUUUUGCAUUAAACUACUAGUAAAGCAUCAAACAUAAAAAUCAACUAAAAUAAAUAAUUUUUAAAUAAUGAAUAUCAAGUUUCAUGAAUAAAUUGCUUUGAUUAUCUACAAGAUUA